GCAGUGUUUCUGUAGAGAAUCAGGAUCUGCUGCAGGAGAGAAAAAUACUCUGUUCUUUUCCUGCUGCGGUUCUACAGAGAUAUAAAUUACUUCUAAUUUACGCUAAAGAAACGUUACAAAGAAAUGUUUCUUUUCUUUACUUUUAAAAUUGGAGGUUAAAUUCAGAGAUAUGAAGACCAGAAGCUACAAAACUCAGGAAAAAUCCUCAACUACUCUCCACAUGACUGCAUCUAAAAGACGAAAACAAAAAAAUACCAAAAAAAGGAAAUUUUACAAGUGUUUAGAGUGUGGCAAGUGUUUUACUGUAGAAAAUAAUCUCAAAGUUCACCAGCGCAUUCACACUGGAGAGAAACCGUAUCAGUGUUCAGACUGUGGGAAGAGUUUUACUAGACUGAAUAAUCUCCAAAGACACCAACUUGUUCACACUGGAUUAAAACCGUUUUAUUGUACAGAUUGUGGAAAGAGUUUUACCCAACAGUUUAGUCUCCAAGUUCACCGACGCAUUCACACUGGAGAGAAACCGUAUCAGUGCUCAGAAUGUGGGUGGAGCUUUACAGUGUUUAGUAAACUCAGAACGCACCAGUGCAUUCACACCGGAGAGAAACCGUUUCAGUGUUCAGACUGUGGCAAGAGUUUUAUUCGAAAGGCUCACCUCCAACAACACCAGCGAAUUCACACCGGAGAAAAACCAUUUCACUGUUCAGACUGUGGGAAGAGCUUCACCCAACAGUUCACUCUCCAAGCACACCAGAGAAUUCACACUGGAGAGAAACCGUAUCACUGCUCAGACUGUGAAAAGAGUUUUACUGUAAAAAGUAAUCUCCAAACUCACCAGCGUGUUCACACCGGAGAGAAACCGUAUCACUGCUCAGACUGUGGGAGGAGCUUUUCAGAGAGUGGAUCCCUCAAGAAACACCAGAGGAUUCACACUGGAGAGAAACCGUAUCACUGCUCAGACUGUGGGAAGAGUUUUACUCAGCUGUGUAAUCUCUAUGAACACCAGAUCGUUCACACCAGAAAGAAACCGGUUGUAGAACACUAGCAUCUCACCAGAAUAAACUUUUUGCUAAUGUCUAAGAAAUUGGGCAUCAAGACUAUAGGCUUCUUUCAUAUUACAAGCCACGUUGCCCAAAUCUGAUUUUUGCUCAAUGUGGCUCAGAUCUGAUUUUUUCAUGGCUGUGUGAACGUGCCAAAUCUGUGUUUUUUUUUUUUUUUAUCAGAUUUAAGUCACUUUGGCUGCGUUCACAUUACAAGCCACAUUCCUCAAAUAUGACUUUUUUGCUCAAUGUGGCUUACAUCAGCUUUUUUUGGCUGUGUAAACAUGCCAAAUUAUUUUUUUUUCAAAUAAGAUUUAAGUCACUUAG